AUCAUAUCAUAAGAGUCAAACCAUUAUAUUAAUAUAAGCCUCCCUCUCUCCAUCCCUCCCAGAAUUAGCUUAGAGUGACAGACAACAUGGGCCGACAUUCUUGUAUGGUGAAGCAGAAGCUGAGGAAAGGGCUAUGGUCGCCUGAGGAAGAUGAGAAGCUCUACAAUUACAUCACUAAUUUCGGUGUUGGCUGCUGGAGUUCCGUUCCCAAACACGCCGGUUUGCAGAGGUGUGGGAAGAGCUGCAGAUUGAGGUGGAUAAAUUACCUGAGGCCUGAUCUUAAGAGAGGGAUGUUUUCGCAGGAAGAAGAAGAUCUCAUUCUCAGUCUUCAUGAAGUUCUUGGAAACAGGUGGGCACAGAUUGCAGCAAAAUUGCCAGGGAGAACAGACAAUGAGAUCAAGAACUUCUGGAAUUCAUGUCUGAAGAAGAAGCUGAUAAAGCAAGGAAUCGAUCCAAACACACACAAACCCAUGGCAGAAACCCAAGACGACCCAAAGAAUCCCACUCUCCCAACACCCCUAAACGAACUCCCAACAAAUUUCCCAACCACCCCACAAAUGGAGCCCUCAAAGCUCCCAUUCAUAACCACCAAACAAAUCUUCGACCCUCUGUUCUUAUACGAACCCCAAGAAAACCUCAAUUUCCCCUCAACCUACCUUAACCCAACCUACGCCUUUACCUCCUUGCCAGGCCUAAUGAACUUCGACACAAACGGACAGAUUACAGAGACAGAUUAUUUCUCGGAUGGAUCGAAUUCUAGAAUGGGUUCCAGCAACAGCUCCAACAACAUUGGGGCAGCCCAGAUGAACAACAACAUGGAAAAUGGGUCGAGAUUCUCAUGGGAAGUUGGGAACAGAAUGGAAUCUCUGUUUGAUCAAUAUGGGUUCAGCAAUAAUGGUGAGAUGAUCAUUAAGCCUGAAGAAGAAGAAGAAGAAAGGCAGCUUAUUGAAGCACACUGCCAUGACUAUACAUUGACUUCUCUCCCUCAAGACUUGGGUGGGGCGAAUCUUGAUGUUUUCCACCAACUUUGAACCGUGUAAAAUUCGAAAUUUUUUUGGGGGUUUAAUGUAAUUUUUGGGUUUUCUUGGGCCCCUCCCUCCCCUAUGAUAUACAGACAAAAUAUACACAGGUGUUCAUAGACUUGAGGUGUGAAUUCUUUAUCCUUCCUCCUCUGAUCUUCUUCUCUAAUUCCUCGUUUUUUUUUUUGGUUAAGUAUACAAGGUUUUGUCAAAAUGGAUCUGUAAUUUUACUGGUGUCCUGUUGUUUCAAGAGUUGAGGUUAAUGCUGUUUUGCAUUUUUUGAUGAUUGGUAAGGUUUUACAUAUAUAUGUUGUAUUAAUUAUAAGUUUGACUUGUAUAA